CAUACUGCAAGACUUCUUUAUUGUAUUGUCAUCAUUGUCGUCAUCUAAAUAAUUCUAGGAUGCUUUAUGAAUAUCCUAGGCCUACUCGUAUUACUUACGUGUAAAAAGAUACAAUCUACAUUUGAUGCUUUUACGUGGAAAAAUACAUUCCAAAUAUGAAUCUAGCUGAAGCUGAGCAGACAUCAUGAGUGUGGGUCCACUAGCCGUAGAAAUCUUCUGUGUAUUCUGCCUGGCAGUGUACCUACUGCAUAAAUAUGCAGACUGGAAGAGGCAGCAUUUUUUGGUUACCUUGGCAGCUCUGGUUGCCUGGUACUUUUCAUUUAUCAUUAUAUUUAUUUUGCCACUGGAUAUUUCCUCAACAUUUUAUAAGCAGUGUUUGAAAGACAAUGCACCUACAGUAGCACCUUCAUUCACCACCUCAUCCACCGUGAUACCAGUGAUAAACUUCACACAGAAUGCGUCUGAGGAGUUUGAUACAGUAAGUCCUUCCACGGCACACACGGCGACAGUGGUGGUGAGGAAUGUGAAAGUUGAAGAGCCGUGCUUGGAGCCAUGGAGCCAUGUUCCUGACCACAUGCUACCAGACCUAUGGCAUGUAGUUUACUGGACUUCAAUGGUGCUGACAUGGCUUAUAAUUCCAAUGAUGAUGUCCUACUCGGCGGCUGGAGAUUUCACGGUGCCAGGCAAGCUAAAGACAGCGUUAAUAGAGAAUGCCAUCUGGUAUGGCAGCUAUCUGUUUGUGUUUGGAGUGCUGCUAAUAUAUGUAGCUGUGAAGCCUGAACUGACACUUGACAAGACGGGAUUGAAAGUGAUUCUGGUAACUGCUAGCAACACAUGGGGCCUGUUCCUCGUUGUGCUCAUGCUUGGCUUUGGAUUGGUCGAGGUGCCACGCACGCUGUGGUACAACUCCAAGCGUGGAUUCAUGCUCAGUCGAACCCAGUUCAAGCUAGCUAAGCUCAGUGUGGAGAAAUCGGAGGCAGAGGAAGCAUUGGAGGAUGUACUAGAGGAUGUAAAGAGGGCGGCUGAGUCUAUACGCGAUCAUCACCCACUGCGACCAUACAUCGACACUAUCCUCACAAAGUGUCCUGAGUGGUGGGAUGGAAUAGGCAUCAUUGGAAGUGCCACCAAGGUGUGCCCGGAGAACAUGCGCAGGAGUGUGCAGAAGGUGGAGAAUGCGCCUAACGACGGCACGAUCCGGCCGAUCGAGACGCCGACGGAGAAAUCGCUGGCCAGGCUGAACAAGAAGGUGAUCACGGCUGUGAGGAACCACCACAGGACCCAGGUGCAGUGGAGCAUUCUAGUUGAUCAGGCGAUUGGUUUGGAAGAUAUGGAGAAGAAUGAGGGGAACAGCGAGCAUAUGUUUAAGCACACCUUCAUGCCGGAACGCAAUGCAUUCAUGAGGGCUGUGUACACACCAAGCAUUGAGUGGUACUGGAAGUGUCUGGUGAAGCCAUGGGUCCUCAGAGUGCUGGCGGUCGCCCUGGCUCUCUUCUCUGCGGUUGUUGUCUGGUCGGAGGUGACCUUCUUCAACAAAGAUCCCGUGCUGUCUCUGUUUGCACAGUUCAUCCAUCUUGCGGCAAGGCAUUACAAUUACUUUCAGAUUGAGGUUAUAUCGUGUCUGACCAUUGCAUUCCUGAGCACGUGCACGUACUAUACCGUGUUUAAGGUGCGCGUGUUGAACUACUAUUACCUGGCACCCUUCCAUCAAACUGACGAGUACAGCUUGCUGUUCAGUGGCAUAUUAUGGGUCACAUGGAUGUUAUAUCUAUUGUAUCGGAUGGCUUCAAUAUCUACUUCCCCAUGGCGAUCGUGCUGCUCUGUGCUGCCACCUACUUUCACCUCGGUAGUCGCUGCCUACAUUUUCUCGGAUUCGAUCAGUUCAUUGGCGAUGAUGACAUCACACAGGAAAUAGUAGAUGAAGGAAGGGAGCUGGUAAAGCGAGAGAAGAGGAAAAGGCAACGAGCAGAAGAUAGCGCCAGCAGACGCCGAGAGUGGCAGGAUAGGUUCGGACAAACGCGCUCCGAUUCACAGCGUAGUGGCAACAGGCUCGCAGACAGUGCAAUACCACCCGGGACCGUCGCUGUGGGGAUCACUCCCAGCUCCAGCUCCGAGAACGACCACACGCAGCUGCUGAAGGACGUCGCUCCCAUCGACUACACGGGCCAGAACGCCGAAAUCUACGACGACUUCAACCGCCCGCGACCCUCCGCCUCGACCUCCUCCGUCAACGCGGACCCGCUGUCGGCCUCCUACCAGACGCACCGAGGCCAGACUACUCCCACGUCCAGCGGGCGCCCCGUCCGGGGGAUAUUCGACGACAUAUAGCUGCGAUGAUGGUGUUGGCGUGUCCGCGUGGCAUGUUCGAAAAGCAACUCGCAGUUAAUCGCAGCUGCGGUAGAGGGAUCUAAAAGACAGUGCUUAGCGACGAAGUGACGCAGAUUUUGCGUGCAUGCGUGAAAAGUGUGUAAGCUGAUCUUUUUGCUUUCAUAGACGGAUAGAUCAGUUACGCGUCGCCUAAAGUUUUGAAGGAAGCACAAAAUUUGCUAAAGAUAAUGAAAUUUUAUUGUUUUUUGUUUGUGGGAAGGCUUGAAUGCUAAGGAUUGACAUCCAAAAGCUACUAUAAAAUAUAGUAAUAUAUCUCCAUAUGUGUUGCCGCACACGCCCAGACGUGCGCAUAUGUAUUUAUGUAAUAUUUAUGAAUAAUAUGUAUAUAUUUGUUAAUUGAAUGAAUUGUGAAGAACAUAUGGUGUGGAUGCGCAUGAGAAUUAUAACUGGGAAAUCAUUGAUGUCAGGGGAGGAAGUUGUUGGGAGAUACGUGAUAUUUAUUAGUCUUGUAAAGUAGACAGCCGAGUAAUGUCUAUAGUGACUUAUAUUUGUGAGUUAUCUUAUAUGUGGCGUGUCAUUCAUAGAUCAUAGGUUGCGAGCAGCAUGCCUUGGAAGGCAGUGCAUGACACUGUCUGUAGCUGGGCUAAAAACAUGGAAGCUAAACUAGGUGGGUAUAGUAAUGAAAUGUAACACAGAAUGGAUGACCUUGAGCAAAACCUUGUAAAUUAGUAUACCAGCCACAUUCAAGUGUGUUGUAGACUUUUGGUUAGAGAUUGCAGAGAACCAUAGUUUGAUUACCAUUAUUUCGUUUAAAUUAUAAUUAGCAUUGCACUUAAUUCGACGAUACAUCCGUUGUCUUUAUCAUAAUUCGAUAAAGUUUCAAACAUUUCCCAUAUUUUCUGCACAAUCAAGUAUUGAUGCCAAAUGUUAUCAUGUUAGUUAACUGCAGCAACACGUAUUUACUCGUUGCUAUGUGUAUAGUCAGUUCUGUGCAUAAAACCUUACUCAAAUUAAACAUGAACCAUAGUUGUCAGAUUCGUAUAUUGCUACAUCAUAUUAGAUAUUUAGAAGGGUGGAGAUGUUUCCAAGCACAAAAUAUAAAGUGCAACAACUUGGGGUGGACAAGUUGUGUAGAAGUUUUUUUUUGGCUGCAUUCAUUAAAGAAACUGAAUCUGGUAUUUACAGGUGCUGCCAUUAUGUCUAAUUUUAAGCUGAUCACACGUGCUGAAGCUUUUGUUCCGUGUGUGUAUGCCUUGUUAAUGAUAGGGUUAAAACGACCUGCGCAUGCCCUUCAAUUAUUGCUGGGUGUGGUUAUGGGUGCAACAGAGUGCCUGCGGGCACCAGAUCUUGUUGCUGUAAUCUAUCAACAACGUGUUUCUGUAUAUUAGCCUAGAAACGUUAGGUGGUAUUGUUACUUGUUAGCUGGACAUGUUAUCUAGGUUGUAGUAGUUCUCAUUGUGUCUUUCAGUAAUUGCUUUCCUGGUAUACUUAUUUGUAUGCUUGUCUGUUAGUGUACCAGCUGUCAGGCAGUUGGCAGUCUAUAUAUGCUUUGCUUCUAUAGUAACAUCAAGAGCAUAUUAAGUAUGUACAUACGUAUUAAGUAUGUAUGUAGUAUAAGUACAUACCUAAUAUGCUCUUGGUAACAUAUAGCAACACAAGUAAAACAUGUGAAAGUUAUCGCAA